AGCUCCAAGAUGAAGCGGCGAGACCGAGAGCGAGAACUGAAGAAGAAAUUGAGGUGGUGCUGUAAAAACCCCCAGACUGCGUGUUUAUAUGCACGACCACUGAGAUAGGACCCUUAUUUUUGCUGGCCUCUCACAGAACAAACUUCACCACGGAUUUGAAAGCCAAACAAAAAAGAACUGUCAACGGUUCCAUCGCAGAGGUCCAGCCUGCAGUGAUCACUAAUGGAGCGUUUUCAUGGUGGAUAUGGACAAUGGAGCCUAUGCGUGUAAGUAGUUGCUUUCCAGUGUCGGGAGCUUUUUAGAGGGUCCAUUGUGGGUUUUUCUGUUUCAAACAUGUGUCGCUGAAUAGCAGUGGUAGUUUUGUGAUGGACAGAUAAGACGGUGUUGGGCGCUUUGACCAACUCGAGAAGUUCUUCACGGCUUCCUUUCCAUGGGAGGCUCGUAAGAACCCCCAACACGCACAGAUUGAGAGAAAGAAAGAAAAGGAAAAAGCAGCACGUUCCCGUGUUUUUUUCUUGUGUGCCAUCUUUCCUCUCCGUCGCGAUGAGUCUGGUUGGAGGUUUUCCUCACCAUCCUGUCAUGCACCAUGACGGCUACUCCUUCGCUCCGGCCACCCGCUGUCAUGAAGAGAGCCCUUAUUUCCACGGCUGGCUCAUCGGUCACCCGGAGAUGUCCCCCCCGGACUACGCCGUGGCUCCCUCCUACAGCCCUGAGUACGCAGCCGGGCCGCCGGGGCUCGAGCACUACGGUGGCGGGGUUCCAGGGUCGGCGCCACGGGCGGGCAAACCGCGUAGGCCCACGGCCAACCGCAAGGAAAGGCGCAGGACUCAGAGCAUCAACAGCGCCUUCGCCGAGCUCAGGGAGUGCAUCCCCAACGUGCCUGCAGACACCAAGCUGUCCAAGAUCAAGACGCUGCGCCUGGCCACCAGUUACAUCGCCUACCUCACCGAUAUCCUGGACAGGGACGAACAGCACGGCGAGGCCGAGGCCUUCAAGGCGGAGUUCAAAAAGGCAGAGGCCAAAGAGGAGAGGAGGAAGAAAGAAAUGAAUGAAGUUUUGAAAAGUUCAGGGAGCAGCAACGAAAAGAAGCCUAAAGGAAGAACUGGUUGGCCUCAACACGUCUGGGCUUUGGAACUGAAACAAUGAGAAAACGAACAUAAAAAAAGAACACACAAAGAAACCCUUUACAAAAAGACCUUGACAUGCAGGCCUUCCUGUCCCUCUGAUUUUUUUACACUAUAACUUUAUUUAAUGGAAUAUUUAUGUGCAAUUUCGCGCUCCGGACAGUGGAUCCCAGAAGAGAAAAAGCCCAUUGCAGAGCUUUAAGAGGAGGAUGCUCUCUUGGUAAGGGACUCUGCUGUUGCUGUUGUUGUUUUUGAUUAGUAUGUGCUGAAUGUUUUAUUUUAUUUUUUUAAUUUUUGUUUUCCAUGUCCCACUCUGAAACAAAUCCGAGAUGUGUGCCACUAAGGUGUACGUGAAGUGUAGGUCUCUCUCUCUCUCUCUCCCUCUCUCUCUCUCUCUCUCUCUCUCUCUCUCUCUCGCUGUAUUUAAACAUAAAGGGGGUCGAAGUUAUGAUACAGUUAAAAAAAACGUAUUUGAAAAAAAAAAUGUCAUGAAGUGUAAAAUACAUUGUGAUGUGUGUGGUCGUGUAGAAUCAAGUGCACUUCCGUCCAGACACGAGAAACUUAAAUAAUAUUGGAGAUGUAAACAAUGUAAUUAAUUCAAUAAACCACUGUGUUUCAACGAGCUUAA